AUGUUUGCCAGAAUGUCUGAUCUCCAUGUUCUGCUGUUAAUGUUUCUGGCGGGAAAGACAGCCUUCGGGUUCUCCCUCCUGUCUUUACUCACCGACCCGGACCCAGAUUGGACUCUCGACCACUAUGAGUACAGCCAAGAGUAUUACGACCAGGAGGGGAAUGCCAGCAGUGCUCUAGGCCAUCCCGAGAAUCCUGACUGGUACUACGUGGAGGACGAUCCAUGCCUGUCCAACCCCUGUGCACAUGGUGGGGACUGCCUCAUCAGCGGGGCCACAUUCACCUGCAGCUGUCCAGCCCCUUUCUCUGGAAACAGGUGUCAGAAUGUGCAAAACAAAUGCAAGAACAACCCAUGUGGCCAAGGAGACUGUCUCAUUACUCAGAGUUCUCCUUACUACCGCUGUGCCUGUAAACACCCUUACAGGGGUGAAGACUGCUCCAGAGCGGUUCCUGCAUGCAGGCCAAAUCCCUGCCAAAAUGGUGGCACCUGCUCCCGGCAUAGGCGGAGAUCCAAGUUCACCUGCACCUGUCCUGACCAGUUCAAGGGGAAACUCUGUGAAAUAGGUUCUGAUGACUGCUAUGUUGGCGAUGGCUACUCUUACCGAGGGAAAGUGAGUAAGACAAUCAACCAGCACUCGUGCCUUUACUGGAACUCCCACCUCCUCUUGAAGGAGAAUUACAACAUGUUCAUGGAGGACGCUGAGGCCCAUGGGAUUGGGGAGCACAACUUCUGCAGAAACCCAGAUGGAGACAAAAAGCCCUGGUGUUUCUUUAAAUUAAACAAUGCAAAGUUGAAAUGGGAGUACUGUGAUGUCCCCUCCUGCUCAGCUCUAGAUGUUGCCCACGCAGAGCCCCUGACCAAACUUCCCGAGUUUGACUCAUGCGGGAGGACUGAGAUAGCAGACAGGACGGUCAAGAGGAUCUACGGCGGCUUUAAGAGCACAGCGGGCAAGCACCCAUGGCAGGCGUCCCUGCAGACCUCGUUGCGACUGACCAUCUCCAUGCCCCAGGGCCAUUUCUGUGGGGGGACGUUGAUCCACCCCUGCUGGGUGCUGACUGCCGCCCACUGCACCGACUUAAAAGCCAAAUAUCUAAAAGUGGUGCUAGGGGACCAGGACCUGAAGAAGACAGAAUUCCACGAGCAGAGCUUUGGGGUGGAGAAGAUACUCAAGUACAGCCACUAUGACGAAAGAGAUGACAUUCCCUACAACGACAUUGCUUUGCUCAAGCUAAAGCCAGUGGAUGGUCACUGUGCUCUGGAAUCCAAAUAUGUGAAAACAGUAUGUUUGCCUGAUGGUCCCUUUCCCCCUGGGACUGAGUGUCACAUCUCCGGCUGGGGUGUUACAGAAACAGGAGACGGGUCCCACCAGCUCCUGGACGCCAAGGUCAAGCUCAUCAGCAACACUGUGUGCAACUCCCGCCAACUGUAUGACCACAUGAUCGAUGACAGUAUGAUUUGUGCAGGAAACCUCCAGAAGCCUGGGCAAGACUCCUGCCAGGGUGACUCUGGAGGCCCUCUGACCUGUGAGAAGGACGGCACCUACUACGUCUAUGGGAUCGUGAGCUGGGGCCUGGAGUGUGGGAAGAAGCCAGGAGUCUACACCCAAGUGACCAAAUUCCUGACUUGGAUCAAAGCCACCAUGGAAAGUGAGGCUAGCUUUUGA